CUCUAUUUUGUGAUCUUCUAUGUAAUUUAUCUCUCUAUCUCCUGUUUUCUGAUUCUCUCUCUAGUUUCUCCCUCUGCACUCGCAUUUGUCUCCGUGUGUCCACUUUCUCUCUCUAGUUUCUUUCUCGCUCUAUAUAUAGACGGGCUGCUUGUAGGGAGAGUUCCUCUCUCUGCUUCAUUGAAGAAUAGUCCUGAAAAGCUUAAUGGUGUUAGCCGUUGCAGGUCUCCAUUAGGUUUUGGCCUGGUUUUUGUGUGUUCGCUGCGAGUGUAGGGUCCGCUUCUCGCCAUUAGAGCUCAUCUGUGGAGUCUCUGUUUAGAAGAAGAGGCUUUCUCCAUCGAAGCACUGUGUAAGACUUCAGUUUUACUGUUUCCGCCAUUGAACAGUCUCUUAGUUUGAGCUCUUUGCUGAGUUCUUCGUUUACUGGUAUUUUCCUUCGCCCUUUCUCCAUAACCAGCAUUUUCACAUCUAAACCAUUAAAAAUCUCAAUUGAAAACCCUAAACUCAAGCAAAAGAGCCUUGCCAGACCAAUCCACAUUCUCCAUUAAUGGUCGACCGCGUGUACCCCGCCGAUUACCAUCAUAACCCGCCAGAGACCACCUCAACUCUCCCGGAAAACUAUAACAUGCCUUCUGCUCCGCCAGAAAGCUUGAAACCAUCCCUGGAAAGCCAGAACUCGUUACCGGGAAACCAGAAUCCUGCGCCGGAAAAAAAGCAAGACCCAUUGCCGGGAACCUACAUUGUCCAGGUCCCAAAAGACCAAAUCUACCGUGUUCCGCCCCCUGAAAACGGCCCCCAUUACCAGAGAUCUCGAAAGAGGAGAAGCCAUUGCUGCCGCUUCCUCUGCUAUUUCCUCGGCUCCAUCUUCGCCCUUGUCGUUCUCCUCGCCGCUAUAGCCGGAAUUUCGUACCUGGUAAUUUCGCCGAAAUCUCCUAAAUAUUCGAUUGAAAAAGUCGCAAUCAAAGGGUUCACUCUCGGCCGAGAUUUAACGAUAAGUCCCGAAUUCGACGUCACAGUGAGAGCCGAAAACCCUAACAAAAAGAUCGGCAUUUACUACGGCGAUAAGAACAAUGUCGAUGUCUUUUACUCGGACGUACGGCUAUGUAACGGGAAGCUGCCGGCGUUUUAUCAGGGCCACCGUAACGUGACUGUGUUUCCGGCCCUUCUCGUCGGCUCUGACGUCCGUUUGUCCACGGCCGUUAACGGGACGUUGACGGCGCAGCUGAGGGAGGGGAGGGUACCGUUAAGACUGAAUAUAGACGUUCCCGUUAGGGUCAAGGUUGGUGCCGUUAAGUCUUGGACCGUUACCGUUAGGGCCCGUUGUGACGUGACGGUGGAUAAGUUGGCGGUGGACGCGACGGUCUUGGACAACCGUUGUGGCGUUAGCGUGAAGAUUUGACGGUGUCUUCACGGCGUGGUUCUGGUUUUUUAAGUCUUUUUUUUUUUUGUAUAGGGAUUGUAGAAGAUAUGUAUUGUUGACGUUCAUUAUUUUUGUAUCAUAUUCAAAAUAUUAUGAAUAGAUUUGUAUUUUUUCAAGUUGAAA